GGAAAGCACGAUGGAAGAACCAUCAUCCAGUAGAAAUGGCAGACAAGAGAAAGCCACCUUGCAAACACCCUUCAAAGAUGAAUACCUCCCCGAAACACCUGCAACACAAUCCGAAGAAGGAAGUGUACAAACACCUGGAACGCCAGGCACACCUGCUAAUCCAGCAAUAAUCGCAAUGAAUACACCUUUCUCACGGCAUUUAGGAAGAAACAGAGCUUGUGCAAGUUGCAGAGAGCGAAAAUUAAAAUGUGAUGGUAUCCGACCAAUUUGCGGACAAUGUUCAAGAGCAUGGGCAACGAGAAGAAAAGCAUUAAAGGGAAAAGGAAUAUCAGAUGAGGAUAUGCAAAAUAUGGAAAAACCAUGCAUAUAUUUGGAAGUACCACAGAGAGGAGAACGAACACGUAGCAGAGGAGCAGGAAGAUCCAAGCCAUCUGUGAAAAGCACUGUUGCUGCAGCAUCUUAUGCGGGAGAUCCAUCGUCUUCGUAUGGAGCAUCGUCCAAUCAUGUUUCGUCUUUACAGGAAGCUCUGCGUGAAAGAAGACGAUUAGAAAGGGAGUUAGCACAACUCAAAGCUCGAUUUGGCUUGCCGGAUUCAUCGGAUUCUCACUCGAACCAAGAUGAUGAAGCCAAUGCUGUAGCUGCUGCUGCUGUUGCGGCUGCUGCAAUGCAAGAACAGCAGAAUCAACAAUCACAGCAAAACUUUCAGCCGAAUCCCGAUGAACUGUCGAUCGCAGAGGUAUUGGCAUCAACCAUGCGUUCAGGAGAAGGAUUUGCAUCCAGCCUACCCUCAGACGCUCGAGCUAGCAUUUCGGAAGCGUUCAAUUCAACAUCUUUCUCUUCAUUUGUCGAAGGCUUGGCACAGAGAUCUAAUGAAGUGACAGACGGAGAUACACAAAUCAAUCAAACGUCCUCUGAUCAAAUUGAUCCGCUUCUAUUGGGCGAACACGGGACAUCAAUGAUGGAAGAAGAGUCAAGUAAUCGUGCUGCAGCUAUAGACAGUAUCGCUGACAUGGGUGAAAACAUGCAGUCUGACCCUUUGAUGCAGCUUGUUUUGACGGGAUGGCCUUCAGAUUUCCCGCCGCCGAAUAUGGUUGACAAAUUGGUUGGAAUAUUCUUUGAUGGAUAUGCACACCUUCGAUACCUAUUUCAUCCCGCUCGAUUUUUCGAAUAUUUAGCACAAGGUCCAACGUCAUCCAGAUAUCCUCACCCAGCCAUCCUGCAUGCGAUGUUCUCCCUGGCAUACAUCCUUCGACCUGAUUUAGACCCAAUGUUGCCCUUUCCUCAACCUGAUCAACGACACACACAAGAGUUACUGGAUGCACACAUUCGCAGAAGGCACUCUAACUCAAAAGCAUAUGCCGAUCCUGGCUCACAAGCUGGUCAUCAAGAAGGCAUCAAGCUGGCCUUGCAAUCCCGAUAUGAUCGUGAUCGAGCAAAGAUGGGCUCAGCUGGCUAUCAUAGCGAUCGAGCGCAACAUCAUAUCACCAUAGGAAUGUGGGAAGGAGGAGAUUUGAUGUCGCUUGCAAAAGCAUCUCUAAUGUUGACAACAAAGAGGUACGGAUGUGGUGAAAUUUUUGAUGCAUGGAUGAGUGCAUCACUUGGAACUCGUCUUUCUGUCUCCCUUGCUAUCAAUCGAUCAAAUCCUACCAGUCCGGAUAUGGCAAGAUUUACGGGAAAGACGCCAGUAGAGACUAUUCGGUUGGCCAUGUCAGGAGCGCCGGCCGAUUGGAUUGAGGAAGAAGAGAGACGAAGAUUGAUGUUUCUCAUCUUAGCAACUGAUCGAUCCGCAUGUGCAUCUACGCUUUGGGCAAACAGUUUGGACGAUUCGGAUGUGACUGUGGAAUUGCCUAGAAUGAGUAAUUAUGAUUUCAUUGAAGGUAAUGAUGCCGCUUUAGCAACUGCGCCACGACAAACGCUACAGUCUCCGAAUCUGUUCACUGAACAUCAUAUUGAUGGAUUCAAUACAAUGCUCAAAGCAUGUGUUCUUAUGGGUCGAAUCGGAACGUUUCUAUCCCGACUACCAGCCUUUGCUACUUCGGACGACGUGAUGGGCUCUGCCGUUUUCAACAAGUUGAACAACAACCUCUCUUCCUUUUCUAUGACAUUGCCAUUUCGAGCAACAGAUCCAGAUGAACGCGGUCAGAUUGAUGUUUUCCGAUUUGCAACAUACGCCGUAUUGCAUACAAACACUCUUUUGCUGCAUUCUCCUCUCUUACGGUUGAAUGCGCAAAGUGCUGCAAUGUGUGAAGCAGCAUGUCAUUCCGUCUUGGAUCUUUUGCGUAUCUUGAUCGCAGCUGGUAUCGAAUUUGCACGAUUACCACCUCUGAUUAUUUUGUGCUUGGGAACAGCGGGAAGAGUGUUGGUGCGUAGAUUGCAAAUACUGCGGGGACAAUCUGCUUUGAACUUGGAUACCUCUUCAACCGCUUCAACCGGGCGUAGGAAUGGAGGAAGAGAAUUUGAUGAUACACAUGAAAGUAUGUAUGCAUCAAUGGCAAGUAGGAUCGAUCGUUUUAAUAUGGCCAUGCAACCGGCAGGACAAUAUGCAUGGUCUUAUACACCUGUACCUUCAAACGGAGAGGGAAUUGCAGCAGCAACGGCAGCAUUAGGAGGUGUAGCAAUGUGUGAACGAGAAGAAACGUUGAGAAGUGAGAUCGAUUUAGUGUUUACCUAUCUGUGUAGGAUGGGCAAUUCAUGGCCAAUGGCAACAAGACAAGCGCAAAGUUUAGCACAAAUGUUGGGCAUCAAUACUGCUGAUCCUGUAGCCUUGCGUCAUGGGAUCUUUACAGAAAGGAAUCAUAGCAAUCAUUCGUAUUAA